GGGUUUUGAAGAUAGGCCCCGUAAUUUCACAACUCACCAUACACGUGUCAUAUUUUGACUGUUUAUUGCUUCACCGCCAUACAUAGCUCGCGUGAGUCGUGACCGAAUCGUCCUUAUCCUUUAGUAUAUAAAUAAGAGAGCCCCAAAGCCCUUUUCUCCUUCACAUAUUCACAUUCCGAAAACCUAAAACAAUCUUCUCAAUUCUCAUCGCGAAUUACGAUCAAGAUGCAGAUCUUCGUUAAGACUCUCACCGGGAAAACGAUCACCCUUGAGGUGGAAAGCUCUGACACGAUCGACAACGUUAAAGCCAAGAUCCAGGAUAAGGAGGGAAUCCCACCGGAUCAGCAGAGGCUAAUCUUCGCCGGAAAGCAGUUGGAAGACGGCAGAACAUUGGCCGAUUACAACAUCCAGAAGGAGUCGACUCUUCACUUGGUCCUCAGGCUCCGUGGUGGUAUGCAAAUAUUCGUCAAAACCCUAACGGGAAAGACGAUCACCCUCGAGGUGGAGAGCUCUGACACAAUCGAUAACGUCAAGGCCAAAAUUCAGGAUAAAGAGGGAAUCCCUCCGGACCAGCAGCGUCUCAUCUUCGCCGGAAAGCAGCUCGAGGACGGACGAACUCUUGCUGACUACAACAUUCAGAAGGAGUCGACUCUUCAUCUAGUUCUCAGGCUUCGUGGAGGUAUGCAGAUCUUCGUUAAAACCUUGACGGGCAAGACCAUUACCCUGGAGGUGGAGAGCUCGGACACCAUUGACAACGUGAAGGCCAAGAUCCAGGACAAAGAAGGCAUUCCUCCGGAUCAGCAGAGGCUGAUCUUCGCCGGAAAGCAGCUUGAAGACGGCAGAACAUUGGCUGACUACAACAUCCAGAAGGAGUCUACACUUCACUUGGUGUUGCGUCUCCGUGGUGGUAUGCAAAUCUUCGUGAAGACACUCACUGGCAAGACGAUUACCCUCGAGGUGGAGAGCUCUGACACAAUCGAUAACGUGAAGGCCAAGAUUCAGGAUAAAGAGGGAAUCCCUCCGGACCAGCAGCGUCUCAUCUUCGCUGGAAAGCAGCUCGAGGAUGGUCGCACCUUGGCGGAUUACAACAUUCAGAAGGAGUCUACACUUCACUUGGUUCUCCGUCUUCGUGGAGGUAUGCAGAUUUUCGUGAAGACAUUGACCGGUAAGACCAUCACUCUGGAGGUUGAGAGCUCGGACACGAUUGAUAACGUGAAGGCAAAGAUCCAAGACAAGGAAGGGAUCCCUCCGGACCAGCAGCGUCUCAUCUUCGCUGGGAAACAGCUUGAGGAUGGUCGCACAUUGGCCGACUACAACAUCCAGAAGGAGUCGACUCUUCAUUUGGUUCUCCGUCUUCGUGGUGGUUUCUAAGAAGUUGUGCCUGGCGACUUUGUUAUGUUUUCUUUCUGUUUCAUGUUUCCUUUCUGUUUCAUGUUUCGAAAACUUGUCAUGGUUUGUGUUUUGGGUACUUUAUAAUGGCCCCUGCUUAAAUAAAUGGUGAAGCAUGUUCGGUUCCUUACUUCUCUUUUCGUUAUACGACAUUGAAUUUCCCUAUAUUGUAGAUGUUUGGCUUGAAGGCUAUUCUCUUGUGUAUUAUCUCACCAUUUGAUAUCUCACACUAGUAACAUUCUUACGAACAAAAUUAGGUGAAUGUGUUAUUAGAAUAAGAAGUGGCAACAAUAUACUAAAAGUACA